AUGGAUAUGCUUGAAGAAAUAUUAACUAAGGUUCCAAAUAACACAUUGGAUAUUGAUGAAGCAAAAGCAGCACUGGAAGAACUUUCAUUAGUAAAUCAAAUUCAAUUGGAAAAUGGGAAAGAAUCUAUGUUUGGAAUAAAAAUACAUUCAAUAAUAAAGGACACAAUUGAAAUAUAUAUAAGAAAAGAAGAGAAUAAUGAACAAAUGAAAAUAUUAGACAAUGUGAUUGAUGCUGUCAACAAAAAAAUGCCAGAAAUUGAUGAGAUGCCAAAUCAAAAUGGCGAUUGGGAUACGGCAGAAAUAUAUUAUCGACAUGCACACAAAUUGAUAAAUUUAAAAUUAGAACAAGAAUUUCAGAGCAAUGAAAAGUUAGCUGAUUUAUAUUCAAAAAUAGCAAAAUAUGAACAAUAUAAAUUAUGUAAUUUGGAAAAUUUAAUAAAAUAUCAUACAAAUAAUUUGAAAAUAUUAAAAAAUAUACAUAAAGGUAAUAAUCUGGAUGUUGCAAGAUCAUUGGGUAAUGUUGGAUACAGUUAUAGUAAAUUAGAAAAUCCAGACGAAGGAUUAAAGUACUCUACACAAGCAUUAGAAAUGUAUCGAGCUUUAUAUGAAGGCUACCAUAAAGAUGUUGCAAAAUCAUUAUGUGAUGUUGGAUACAAUUAUAAUAGAUUAAUGGAAUCAAAACAAGCAUUAGAAUGCUUUAUAGAAGCAUUAAAAAUCUAUACACAUGUAUAUCAUCAAUACAAUCAUCCAGAUGUUGCACUAUCGUUAAACAGUAUUUCCGUAACUUAUAAUAAAUUAAGAGAUGAACAAAACGGAUUAGAAAACUAUAAAAAAGGAUUAGAAUAUUCUACACAAGCAUUAAAAACGUGUCAAAGUUUUAAAGACAAGCAUCCACAUGUUCUUGCAAAGGUGUUGGCUAGUGUUGGAACCAGUUAUAAUAAAUUAGGAGAUGCACACAACGGAUUAAAAUACUCUGAACAAGCAUUAGAAUACUAUAAACAAGCAUUGGAAUACACUGAAAAAGCAUUAAAAGUGUAUCAAGAUUUAUAUAAAGACAAUCAUCCACAUGUUGCAAGAUUGUUGGGAGAUGUUGGAUACAGUUAUAAUAAAUUAGGAGAUGCACACAACGGAUUAAAAUACUCUGAACAAGCAUUAGAAAUGUAUACAAAUUUAUAUAAAAACAAUCAUUUUGAUAUCGCAAAAUCAUUGGGACGGGUUGGAUACAGUUAUGAUAAAUUAGGAGAUUUACAAAAAGCAUUAAAAUACUAUGAACAAGCAUUAGAAAUAUAUCAACAUUUAUAUAAAGGUAAUGAUAAACGUGUUGUAAAAUCGUUGAUGACUGUUGCAUUCUGCUAUAAGAAAUUAGGAAAUGUACAAAAAUUCCAAGAAUUAAAGGAACAAGCUGAAAGAAAUUCCUCAGACAGUUAUCAUCCACAUGCUGCAACAUCAUUAAAUAGUGUUGGAUCAAAUUAUUUUAAAUUAAGAAAUGCAUAA